AUGUCUGAAUCAACACCAACAUUGUCUGUAUCAAGAUCACCUACAAAUAUACGCUCAUCCUGCCAAAAUGUUGAUUUUGAAACGGCGCAAAAUAUUCGAGAUAACCUUAUCAUGUGUAGUGGAGUUUAUGAUGGUAACUUAGCCAGAUGCCAUUCCCAUGUUGAAAUCAAUAACUAUUCAAUGUGUUACGGUUGGAGCCAAGCUAAACCUUACGCUGGUUAUAUAAUAACAAGUCAACAUCACCCUAACGAUAAAGAAAGCCAACAAUCACAUCAUCACACUUCUAGUCAAAGUAAUGGCGGUAAUAAAAAUAGUAAGAAAUCUUUACAUCCUGUUAGGAGAUUCAAUUAUCAUACAGAUAAUAAUGAAUUAGUCUACUAUGUUAAUGUUGAUCCAGUCACUUAUAAAUAUCGUUAUAAAGGCUACUCAGAUCCUAACCAGUCACUUAAUAAAUACAAAACGAUCUUAAAUGAUCAAAAUCGUGAGCGUCUUACUGGCCGACAUGGUAUUAUAGACGAUCAACAACCGCCGGUACUACCACAACAUCAAUAUAACGGCCAUACUAUUUCUAGAAGCCAUCAAGAUGACAACCUUAAUUAUGGUGAGAAAAGUAAAGCUCUUCAUAUUACAAAAAUGAAAUCCGAUGACGAUAAUUGCGCUAAAGAUGCUUCAAAUCAACAAUAUCUUAAUCAGGAUAGUAACCAUAAAAUACUGUGUCAAAAAAAUUAUAAUCAACAUCAGGUGCAAUUAACCAAAUCCGGUCUACAUCGAGCUCCAGAUGAUUACAACAAGUAUUUCAACGAUUUGACUCGAUUGCGUUUUGUCGAUGGUCGAUUUCUACCUAAAAAUAAAAAUAUUGCUACAAAUCAGUUUAUUGAGAGAUAA